GGAAAAAGAAGCCACAGCAAGUCCGUGAUUCCCCUCAACCCUAGAUCCUCAAAUCCAUCGUUCCGACUCAGCUGCUUCAUCUCGACGGCACCUCUUCACAGAUCCACCCGGCGCAUCCCGUUCCCGUUGUGCAUCGGCGCGCAGAAACAGUUAGGCGGCUGACUGCAAAGAUGCAGAGAGAGAAGAGGAAGAGGGGCCAUGAAGCUACUCCUCGCCAAACACGCAUCAUAGAGCGAGAGAAGAGGAAAAGGGACGAAGAAGCCAGUCGUCGCUCAAUGGUUUCAAGUAGUAUUUCUCGCCAAACACGCAUGAGAGAGAAGUUGAGAGAGCGAAUGCUGCAAUUCAAAAAGGCCGUGGACAGAUGCAAAAAAGAAUUUGAGGAACGAUUUGGAGGUCCUCCCGACAAACCUGUUUCGGACCGGAGUUUCGAAGAGAAGCCAUUUGGUUCUACAGAUGUGACUCAUCCUUAUUUGUUGGCUUCCACAAUUGUCUCUCUAGCUUUAUACGAUGGAGAUAAGAUGUUAUUUGCAUGCUCGGGUAUAGCUAUAAAACCUAUCAUCACAUCGAGGCCAGAACUAUCAAGAUUUGUGACUUCAAAACGUUUGGUACAGAAUUUGAAGCUAACAGAAACAGAGCUGAUAAAUUGAGGAUUAUUGUGCGCCUUCCCGACAAAACAAGUAUCAAUGGGUUCUUGGGACUUUAUGAUAGCCGCGUUGCUAUUGUCACGUCCUUCUGCUUCACAGAAGUACUUGCUAUAGACCUGCAUGGUCCUAUAGCAUAUCCUACAGAAAGGCGGCAUCCUGCAAUUGUUGGGUGGGCCUUCGGCUCUGGCACAGACUAUUGAAUUAACGGUUGAUGGAGAAAUGCUCCAAGUUCCUUUAACUAUCACAGAGGCUGGACUUGGGGGGCCAGUUAUUGAUCAAGCCGGGUACAUGAUGGGAUUGUGCAUUGAGUUUGAUGUCGUCAACCAAAUUACCAUUGUCCUACUGCGUAUGGAGCUUUCUGAACACUUGAUAUAUCUGGAGCAGUUCACCCCAAACUCUACGAACUUCCAUGAAUAUACCUUGCCUGAAAAUGUACACAGCGUAGUCCCAUCAGGAUUUAUGAUGCAUGUUAAAUAUUUACAAGCCGGUGGAUAUCCUAAGCCACCACCACUUAUGCUCGAAGUCUGUGGGAAAUUGUGUGAUACAUUUGAAGAGGUUUUUGGUCAACUUCUUCCUUAUAAGGGCUGUGAUUGCAAUAUCAAUCACCGUACUUCUGGGGAGGAGGUCUGGGCUAAACUUCCGAAAGGUGUUGUUACAAAUAUCGGCCGGCGUGUUGUCACACUUUCUUCAUACGAUGGAGACGUGAGAGUUUUUGCAUGUACAGGCCUACUUAUAAAGUGGCAUAAAAAUGGCACGCCUGUUAUUCUGACUUCGGCCAGUUUGGUUAGAAGUCUGGUUGAUGAAGACAAGAUUGAUGAAAAAAUGAAGAUUAAAGUAUUUCUCCCACCGAAACAGAUCACUGAUGGGACAUUGGAACUGUACCAUUCAGAUUAUAACAUUGCUGUCAUCAAUGUUCAGAAGUGCCUAUAUGGUAUUCGUCCGGAGAAUAUUUUCCGCAAGGUGAAAAGACCACGUAGAGAAGUGGUAGCUAUAGGGCGCGAUGUUGAUGAUGGAUUAUUAAUGGGGACAAUUGGUAAAGUGAUUAAGACGCCUGCGAACAGACCUUGCAAACUUAACUGCAAAGACCUUAAGCUGUCUACAUGUAAAAUCAAGAAGGCUGGGAUUGGAGGACCCCUUGUUAAUUUCGUUAAUGGAUCUUUUGCUGGCAUGAACUUCUAUGAUAGAACUAAUAGAACUCCUUACCUGCCAAGGAGAAUCAUUGUACAAGUUUUAAGGGGGAUUGAUCUCCCAUCUCAAAGAGGAAUAAACCAUCCCACAGACAUAAUGGGUGAUGCCGCAGUUAAGGAAAACAGGUGGUCGGUUCCUAAACCAUAUUGGUAUCAUCCUCUAUUCGAUGAGGAUCCUCCUCUGCGUUUUGUUGGAAGGCAACUCCACUAGUGCUAUCGCUGCCCCAACUUAUUUCGAUGUCCCAAUUCUACUAAGUAUUUUAAUGUGCUACUCCCUCCGUCCCAUAAUGUAAGACGUUUUUUGACAGUACACUAGUGUCAAAAAACGUCUUACAUUAUGGGACGGAGGGAGUACUUUGUAAAUCCUGUUACAUCAUGUUGUUCUAAUGGCUCUGCAUAAGUUUAUAGUAAGUACUGUACCAGUUUAAUUUCCAACAUGGGCAUAAAUAUUCCAGUGGUUGAACAUCAGUUAUGUCAAACAUACUUUUUCUUAAGAUCCACAUGCACGUCAAGCAGUAUUCUUUUUUCUUUUUUGUGAGGAGCAAUAUUGGUUUAAUACCCCACCCUGUGUGGG